AAGGACUCAAAGAGAGAUGAUUGUCGCGAGUUCUUCAUGACUUUUCAACUCAUGCAGUGACAAAACUUCAAGCAAGCGUGCAUGACACUGACAGCACAGCGCCUGUUGUGCUUCUGCCGGGGCCGGAGCUGAGGAGUCCUGGCUGGAGAAGGUUGUGCUCGCCACAGCUAACCCGUUCUUGGACAAAAGUGGGACGGGUCACUUACCACAAGGGUUUCUAGGUUUUGGUGGCCAUGACUCCAGCAAUCGGUGCUCAAGUCGGCAGCCGAAGCAAUCCUGAAGACCGUGAGAGAAGAUUAUCCUUGAGACUCCACACGGAAGACAUCGUUUGCGAUCCAGAAAACCCGAGCGUGAUCGGAGUCGUCACGCGAGUCCAUAACGACGAAGAGUUUGAGGAGGACGAGGACGAAUACGAGGAGGAUGACGCGCCGCUCGAGCCCGGCCAGGUGGAGGUCUGCUGGAUCGGACAGCCAGAGAGUGCCUCAGACAGCAACCAUGAGGAACCUGAUAACCAAGAGAUUGUGGACAGCAGCAAGCUCACGCUGGUCGACAGGUCUCUCAUGCACGGAGAUAUUGUUGGCGUGUCGGCAAACCCCCUGGGCCAGUCAGGCACCGUAGUGGACGUUGACUUGUCGGUAGACCUCAAGCUCUCAAACGGCACGCUAAUCCAAGAUGUCUCGGCCAAGCGGCUGGGCCAGAUUCGCAAGUUCAGCGUCGGCUGCUAUGUCAUGUACCAGCAGUGGCUUGGGAAGAUUGAGGAGGUGCUGGACGACCUCGUCAUCUGCUUUGAAGACGGGGGCGUGUGCGAAGUUAAGGACGUGGCAUACCCGGUGGUGGUCCCAGUGGCCCUCUCAGCAGCCGAUGAUGAGAACAUGUGCCCGUACUGGCCCGGCCAGGUUGUUCGCGCCUACAACCCAGGUUCCACCUUUCGAACGGCAAAGUGGUUGCAGGGCAGUUGGAGUCCAAACAAGCAAACGGGAACUGUGAAAGAAGUCAAGCCCGGGUCUAUCACCAUAACCUGGCGCACCUGUGUCAAGAUGCCAAGUGGCAACGGCGACCUGUUGAACCCGCCCACGGACGUCAUUGCGGGGUCUGCCCUUACGCCUCUGACCUACUUCGCUUACACGCACUUCCAGCUCGGGGACAGGUGCCUUGUGCCCCAAGAUCUCCUUGCGGAGGGGGCCGAGGCGUCCCCUGCAGACGGCCCUGCUGACGAGUCUGAAGGGGCAGGUAAGGCGCCGGACACUGCCUCUCCCGCGUCUAGUUCCCCACCCUCCGGGGCUGCCUCUUCCUCUGGCACUCCGGGCGCUGGUCCCGGCCAGGAAACUGAUCACGGCCCGGCUGCUGAGGGAAAGGGGCGCAAGCGUGCGCAGAAGCGGGCACAGCAGCGCGAGCGGCGACGAGCCAAGAACCAGAAGGGGCCCGCGGCCAAGGAGAAGGUGAAGCUGCAGGCGGCGGCCGUGAUUGUGAACACGAGGACGACGGUGGCGGUGCUGUGGCAGGACGGGAGCAAGGCGGAGGGGCUCAGGGGGGCGGACCUGUUCCCAGUGGAGGACCUGGGAGACUACGAUUUCUGGCCCGAGGAGUACGUGGUUGAGCGCGAGCCGAGCGAGGAGGGCAAGGAGCGGCAGUGCCUGGUGAAGGCGGUGAACGCCAAGGAGCGGACCGCGGUCGUCAAGUGGCUGGAGGGCGAACUCGAGUAUGAGCAGCCCCUGCGCUUCGGGCCCGAGGAAGUGGUCAGCGUGUAUGAGCUGGCAGAGCAUCCCGACUACGACUACAGGUUGGGCGACGUGGUCACGCGCUUGCCCGGCGCCACGCGCGGCACCAUCCUCAACCCCAGCGACGAAAUCCCUCCCACUUCCGACACCAGCUCGAGCCCCGCCGCGCCACAGCUGGAGUACGUCGGCGAAAUCGUAGCGCUCCGAGACGGCCUCAUCACGGUCGCGUGGGCGGACGGCGUGGUGUCGCGGGUCGGGCCGCAGAACGUUCUGGUGGCCAGCAGCGAGGACGACGGGGACGAGGAAGUGGAGGACGAGAGCUUCUACGGCUCCGACGAGGAGGAUGCCGAGAGCUGGGAGACGCUCUCGGGGGACGGCAGCGAGCAGGAGGGGCCGCCACCGGAGGACCCGGCCAACGAGGUGGUCCAGCGCUGGCAGCAGGCUGAGGCGACUUUCGCCGCGCUCGAUGGCAGCGCUCCUCGUAGCAUGGGCACGUCUCGUUUCGGAGAAGAGGCGCUGUGGACCGCUGACGACUUCCCGGCCCUCCCUGCCGCCAAUCUGAACGGCUUGGCCGGACCCUCCGGCCAGCCACCAAACGUCGAAGCGAUUCGGCCAGGGAUCGGGUCCCGGUACGAGCCGCCGCCGAACCCCUUGAGCGCAUCGCCGGGCGCUCUUGGGCUGCCGGGAGCGGGGCUGCGCUUUUUGGGCCGGGUGGCGCGUGGGUGGCUCAUGUAUGGGGCGGAGGGGGUGAGUGUGUCGCAAGGGGCCCCGAGCCCGGAUGCUGCCGGUACGGGGGCUGGAGGAGAAACGGCCGCAGAAGCAGAGAAGACGGAGGAUGCUAAUGCGGGGAGGGAAAACGAGGGGGGAGCGGCGGAGGCACGCAAAAGUGGGGCGGUGGAAUUGGGAGCAGUGGCGUCAGAUGAGGCGCCAGAGCCGUGCCUGGACGCUCCUCCGCUGAGCAGUGCACCAAGAAUGGAAGUUGAAGCUCUGGCCACUUUGUCAGGUAGCGAGGCGUCAGUGCCCGUGGAACCCUCUGUCGAUUCUGCUGCGACUGCAACAGCUGGGCCUGAUUACCAGGGCGGGAUCGAGAUGAGCUGGCCGCUGACGAGGCCGACUCAGAGGACGGACGAGACGUCAGUGAGCGCACCUGGCGUGCCCGAUCCGCGGUUGACCGAGAAGCAGGCGGCCGCGGUGCAGGCGGCGGGGGAGAAGCUGCGCGGGCUGAAGCACUUCGAGCUGCUGCCAACAGCGCCCGAGGACCACAAGUUCCUGGACCAAACGGGGCAGGCGACCAACCCGCGGCGGUGGGCCAAGCGCAUUCAGACGGAGUGGGCCGCCCUUGAAGCGAGUCUCCCCGACAGCAUCUACCUCCAAGUCUACGAGGGCCGCAUGGAUCUGCUGCGCGCCGUGAUCGUCGGAGCCGCGGGGACGCCGUACCACGACAACCUCUUCUUCUUCGACUUCCACUUCCCGCCCGAGUACCCCAACGCGCCGCCGCUCGCGCACUACCACUCGGGCGGCCUGCGCGUGAACCCCAACCUGUACGAGUCGGGCAAAGUGUGCCUCAGCCUGCUCAACACCUGGAACGGCAAGGGGACCGAGCUUUGGGACGCCACGUCGUCCAUGCUGCAGGUGCUCAUCUCGCUGCAGGGCCUCGUGCUGGUGCCCAAGCCGUACUUCAACGAGGCCGGCUACGAGAAGCAGCAGGGCACCAUCGAGGGCGAGAAGAACUCGCUGGUGUACAACGAGAGCGCGUACCUGCUCGUCUGCAAGUCCAUGCAGUACCUCAUCCGGCGGCCGCCGCAGUAUUUCGAGGAGCUGGUCCAGUGCUUCUACCGGCGCCGCGCCCCCGCCCUGUUGGGUGCUUUGGCAGCCUACCUGAAGGGCAAGCGGGUGGGCAGUCUGCCGGAGUGGAAAGAGGACGCCGGUUCUGCGCCGCAAACAGCGAGCACUUCCGAGAGUGAGGGAACCACUGCGGGGACGGUUUCUUACGAGGAGUCUGCAGAUCCAGAGGAGCAAAUACAGAGGAGCUUAGGCGACGGGGGCUGUUCGGUCGGUUUCAGGAUAGUUCUGGGCAAGAUGGCGCCCAAGUUGCAAACCCAAUUGAGUGAACUGCUGGAGAAAUCUUCAGAUUCUUAGUUUGUGUCUGCUCUGUACAUUGAGUCGUUUGUAAUCACACAUUUGGGAAUCGUAAGCAGUAGAUGUACAGCAGGACUGCCCUUGUACUCAAUUUUUUUCACAUCAGCGCUCCCAGCCCCAUUUGCAAGGCGACAGCCAACAGCCAAGCUGUUCGGCGCAACUGAGAAGGCCAACUGAUUACAUUUUGGGAUAGUCACGUAGGUUGACUGGCAAAGUCGCGCGCAUGCUUAUGGUCCGCGAGUCACUUGUCAUGCACAGGGCGCCAUCCG